GACAAACUUAACUACUGUCUUUCGGCAUCAUCCAAACAUUAGCUUGUUGGGUAGCAUUUAGCUAACGUUAGCCAAACUCUUCGGGAAAAUAGAGCCCUUCGCUAAGCUAAUCUAUGAGUCGCAAAAGAAACCAUAGCUUCGCUGAAACGAGCCUGUCUCCUGAACUCCACGGCGCGUUCAUGGAGCCUCCUGGGUCAGCGAACCGAGCUGACGGUGAUUUCCUGGAGCUGGAGCCCGACGAGGAGCUGCUCUGCUCGGUCAGCGACAUCACCGAGCACCUCGGCAGAAACAUCACCGUGGUGCUGGAGACAGCGCUUUCUGAGAUCCGCAAAAUGGUCAGCAUCAGGAUAAGAGUCCUGAAAAUGGAGCUACGCGAGAAAAGCGAGGAAAUAGAGGUGCUAAAGGCGAGACUAGAGACAGUUCAGAGGGAUGGUAGGGACCCUUUCCCCGGCGUUCCCACCAUGGAGCCGUCUGCAGAUGCUGGCUUCAAGAAACAUGACUUCAGCUCCGGCAACAAACACAAUAGUAUCGAUCCCAGGAGAGCCAAGGCUGUCAUGCCUGGUGUGAAGAAGGAGAAUAUAGAUGCUAUUUGCGACUAUCUGAUGAAAGACAAGAACUCGAGAGGGUGUGCUGAAAUGGACGGAGACCAGAGUAGCCAAGCCAGCGGCGACAGGGAGGCUCGCCAAGAUCCGGACCCGCAAUCCCUCAACCUGUGGUCAGACAGCGGCAUGGCUGGCUCCGGGCCCGGGCACGGAGACUCCGAGUCUACCACAGAUGACCUUUUCAGUAUGCUCCCCUCUGGCAGUAAACGGAUGUAUGACUACGAAUGGAUAGCACCAAUGGAGUAUUCUUCAGACCUGAAAGUCAUGAAGGAUCCCGAUUGUGAGAGCAACCUGACCGGUGAGACAGAGGAUGAUGAUGAGGAUGAGUUGUCGAGGAGGGAGGGAGGUGGACUGGAGCAGGCCCAGGCCCCGCUCUCACACGUCCAGCCCUCUGAGUUCUCCAUGGAGCCCCAGAGCUCUCCAGGGGAGGGAGGGAGUCCACUGGAGGGCAGCACAGACAGGCCUGUGGCAGGCCAGCAGUUUCCCGGCCACACCUACAUCUGCUCUCUGUGUGGAACCUUCUGCCCUGACUCUGUGUUCCUAGAGGAACAUGUCAAACUGAUACACUCAGACUCUGCUGGUGCCCAGGCUCUCCAGGCUCUGCAGUCCACCUGCUCAACUGCACCUGCCAUGGGUGAUGGCAGCAGUGACUCCAGGAGGGGCGGAGGGGUGCAGAACGAAGAUGGCACAGGAGUAGGGGCUGGUUCGGGGCGGGGAGGGGGGCAUGUGAAAAAGGAGAUUAAAAUCGAGGGGGGGUACGAGUGCGGGGACUGUGGCCGCCAUUUUAACUACCUUGGCAAUCUGCGACAGCACCAGCGUAUCCACACUGGAGAGAAGCCCUUCAUGUGUCCAGAGUGCGGGGAGAGGUUCCGCCACGCGGCCCGUUUAAAAAGCCACAGGCUGGUGCACAGCGGGGCCCAGAGCCCCUUCCCCUGCCCUCAGUGUGGUAAAGGUUUCUCAGUGCUAUCAGGACUCAAGAGACACCAGCGGGUGCACACUGGCGAAAGCCCGUAUGCCUGUCCACAAUGCGGCAGGCGCUUUAAAGAGCUGGGGAACCUGUACACCCACCAGAGGAUCCACAGUGGGGCCACGCCCUACUGCUGCCAGCAGUGUGGGCGCAGCUUCCGCCACCUGGGAACUUACAAGAGCCACCGCUGCACCCCCGCACAGUAACCUGCCCGGCUGCUACGCUUUCUAAUACCUAGAAAUUUCAAGUGUAUGUCAAAGACAGGACAUGGUGCUGACUCUAAAGUGUGUGUCUGUUGACACUGAGGGAGGUGCUGGUCAUGUGGAGAACGGGGCUGGUAUCCUGAGAUGCUGCCCAAGCUUUCGUGUUAUGUCACAUUCAUGACAUUUCACAUCUGCAUCAGGCAUCAAGAAAAGCUGCAUCAUUGAGUUUAAGUUCAUUCUUGACCUCGGAAACAGUAGUUUGAUAAAAUGUAAACUCAUCGUCUACAUCGAUUGCAUCACAUAGACUGCAUCUGAAAUUCCAUAUUAACAUGCUGUUUAGUAUGUAUGUGAGGUUUUUUUUAGUAUGUCUGAAACCUUAGUAUGAAACCAGUAGUAUGUGAAUUGCAUACUAUUUCCAGUGAAACAUUGCAGUAUCUAAACACUGGAAACUAAGCCGGCAUAAGUAUCCCACAGUACAAUGCGAUAUUGAUAUCAACAUACAUAACAGCAGACAGCCACCAAGGCAGCUCUGUAACAAAUAAUAAAUACCUCUAACCUAUAACUUUGGUCAUGAGACCGGUGCCUGAUGUGCAAUUUAGGAAACACCAUAUGAAGUAUUGUGGUAGGGAUACCACUACAAAUGAAAGACAUAUUACUUGAUAAUUGAGCUUUGUUAUGGUUUGGGCUUUGGCGUGUGGCGUGGCUUCAUGGAUGUUGAUCGUUCAAUCCACCCCUUGAAUCCAGACUGAAAUAUCUCAAACUGUUUGGAUGAUGUGCCAUAAAAUUCGUUACGUGCAUUAACAUUAGCUGUACUUGCUAAACAUCUGCUUGUAGUGGGGCUUUGUAUCGGCAGGAAUCCAAUAUGUAUUAUGAUACAGAAGUUACGAUUGAAUAUAUUGCUAUUUUUAUGCCUCAUUAUGUUUUCGGGUUGUUUGUAAGUCCGUCCGUCCUAUUCUCGUGAACACGAUAUCUCAAGAAUUCAUUUAUUAAUUCAUUUUCCAUAACCACUUAUCUUGUUAGGGGUCGCA